AUGAAACUUUGGGCUAUCACUAGUUUAAUCGGUGUGGCCUUAUCCGGCGCGAUGGCGGCCGAUGUGCAAUAUGCAGUGGUCGCUUUUCCUCAAGGGCAGCAAACCGUUGCUGUAUCUGUUGGCGGCAAGAACUAUCCACUGCAAAAGAGUCAAGUCUCUGCGAACCUCUUCCAGGGCAGUGCUCCUGCGGGUGAAACUUAUCAAUAUGUCUUGACGGAUGGUCAGAAUAACCAGGCUGAAACCGCUCAGCGCAAAUUGAUUCAGGGUGCAACUUCCACUGGCAACGAGUUCUUCAACCGCUCCCAAACCCUGUACAAUGUGCCUGAUCUCCCUCAAGCGUAUCAUCCCAUUUAUCCUCCCCUGUUCACUGGCAUGAACAAAUCCAAUGAGAUUGCCACGUUGAUUUUGCAAGUGAAUGCCAGUGCUUUUGACGCAAUUUUGAAAGCCCCCAAGGAAAAGCACGAGGAUGCCGAAGUCACCCAGAUGACUUACAUUAGUCACAGCGAAGUGUACUCUUAUACUGGUGCCGGGAUUUCCAAUAGUGGACAAUCCACGAAGGACUUUGCCAAGCAAUCAUUCGCCAUCAAACUCGGCAAAUUCAAGAACUCGACCGAGAAAGAUCUUUUGUUUGGUCGCACAACCGUUAAAUUGCGUGCAGAAGAAACCGAUCAAACCCUCGCACGCGAAAAAUUGACGCUCGACUGUCUCUUGGCUGCUGGUGGUGCCUCGCUUUCCGGAAGUUGGACUCGCGUGUUUGUGAACAAUGAACCCCUUGGUCUGUUUUUGUUGAUGGACGAUGCUUCCACUCACUUUAUUGAUAAUGCUUUGCACGGUGGCAACUGGUCUUAUCCUUAUACUGGUGUUACCUACAAGGGCAAUGCGCUGUCUCCCGAAGAAGAAGGAAACCUUGUCUACCUCGGCGACAGUCCAGCUGCAUACCCCGAAGAUCUGUACAAGUUAGAAGACAAGGGCGAAGACAAGACGGUCAGCAAGAACGAUUCUACCGGUCCUCUCAUUGAUUUUAUUCGUCAACUCAGCUACAUUGACCCCAAACUCGCCAAGGAUGCCCAGAACCAAGGCAAUAUUUCCAACUUGAUCGAUCCUACCCACACUCUUAUCCAUAUGUCCAUCAACUUCUUGGUCGCCUCUUGGGACGGUUUCUGGUACCAGGCUAGCAACUACUACUUGAACCAGGAUUUGCAAUCCAAGAAAUGGGCCUUGAUUACCUAUGAUUUCGAUGAAACUUUUGGCAACGGUGCUGAAGAAGGCAUGAACACGGUGUCUUACCAGAACUACACCCGUCCCGGUGCCAAGCGUCCUCUCGUCGAUGUUUUCCUCCAGUCCCCCUACUACAAGGCCGAAUUCGAAAAGAUUACCCAGACCAUCGUCAAGCGUUUCUUCAACCCUCGUGUCAUGAACCCUCGCCUUGAGGCCUGGUCGAAGAUGUUGAAGGAGGAUAUCGAAUGGACUCGUGCUCUUCCUGGCCGCUCCCCCGGAACCAAGACAACCUGGACUGUCGAAAACUUCUUGACCAACAUGAACACCACUGAUGGUGGUACCAUUGGCCUUGCUGACUGGGUCAAAAGCCGCACCGCCUCCAUUACACAACAAUUGAAUUUCAACGAUGCCGACGACCUCCCAGCCUUGGGUCCCUACACUGGCGGUAACCGUAUGGAUGCCACGGGUAAGGUCACCGAUUCCAAGGGUAACAAUGUUACCCCCAGUGGUAGUCCCUCUGAUAAGGGUUCGACCCAAAAUAGCAAGGAUGCUGGCAAUGCCGCUUCCUCUCUUCUUCCUUCCUUUGGCUGUGCCACGAUCAUUGCCGCCUUGGUGAUGAUGCUCAUUUAA